AAAAUUCGCACAGCCCAAGUCCGUCCCAGCGCCCGACGCGGCCGAUGCAGUGCCCCGAGACGCCCCAGAACAGCCCGACGCUACGGGCCCGGCCAUCGAGCUCGGGCCCACUCAUGAAGAGCGACGGCGCGACCGCCAACAUCUGCCUCUCCAAGUGGCCAUCGCUCGACGAGGCCCACUUCUCCAAGUACCAGCCCAGCGUGCCCAUGAUGCGCACGCCCGAGACAUACACGCCGGUUCAUGCCGACGAGGCGCCGCCUAGCCAAGUGAUCUCCGCCGAGCCUCUCCAUGCGCUCCUGCGCAUGUUUUACCGUAGCACCGACAACAAAAAGGCGGCCUCGAAGCGUGACGUACCCGACGACGACGCGGACCGGCCGACCAAGGUCGCUCGCUCCAACUAGCCGUCACCAUGGACACUCGCCGACAGUGUCCUUGUAGGAACAAGUAGUCGUAGUAGCAAUAGGUUCUUUUUAUAAGUCAAUGGGCAUCAUUCGUCCCGC